CAUCCUCAAAAUAUUCUCUAAAACCCGAAGCUGAAUCCUGAACCUCAUCCACCUAAGAAAUGUUUUGGUCUUUCCUUCUUUCUACUCUUUGGACAAUAAAAAGGUAUAAAGCUGUGCAUAAUAAUCCUGGGAAAGCCGGGAGUUUGGGCACAGUGUGGAUUUUUUGGUUUCCACAGGGACAUAUGGUUUACUGUCAGGUGUGGCUGAGUAUUUCGUCCAUCUCUUCUCCUUCCUGUCCUCCACUCCAGCAGCCUCAAUCCUGAAGAAUAAAACUAUUUCGCUCUUGGUUAUAAUGAGUGAGAAGAUUUAUAUUCUUCAGUUUAUGUUGGUCCUCCACAUCCACCCGCUCGCCUCAUAUGCUCCAUCCAGUGUUGUCAAGCGUCAGCAGGGGUUUUAUUUUGAAACCAGAGACCGGAAGUUGUGUAGUUCUGUUUGUUGUAAUGGACACUUCGUCCACACAGGUGCGCCUGGACGUGUGUGCGUAAUUUGCGGGCAGCAGAGAAAUGCGUGUUUACUGUGUGGAUGCGCGAUGUUUGGCGCUGCGGGCGCAAAGCGGAACGGAUCUGCGCCUCACACGCUGACAGCCGAGCAGCUGGGGCAGGCAUUCACUUCACACAGCGGACCAGCAAGCUGCUGUGGUCUGUAGCAGACUGACGGGGAGAAAACGACGUCUUGGCUGUGUGUGUGUGUGUGUGUGCGCCGUAACACUGGAUUACUGGAGCUGCGGGCGGUGCGUUUGAAGGGAGAGGAUAAGAGGAAAUCACAGAUUUGAAAAGGCAGGUGCGUUUCGGGUUUUGGUUUGUUUUUGUCGUGCAGUCUGGUUUUCGGCCGGAGCCUGUGAAAUGAAGCCUGUACCUGACAGAUGUGUGGCUCCACAGCUGCAGCCUACAGAGAGCGUCUCCUGUCGACCUGCUGCUGACCUGCCGAGGUUCUCUGUGGAGGACUGACACCGCUCACAGCUGCGCUAUCAUCAUCAUCGUCAUCAUCAUCAUCAUCAUCAUCAACGUCCCCCACUUCAAACAGGACGAGACAAGAGGACUGAGGCUGCUUCUGGCCUAUCCAAGCACCAGCAGUCACCUGUGGACGGUGAAAGCAGCAUGAGUUAACUGAGGAUCAUCGUCCCACACGCUGAUUCAAGCCUUUUCCGUUUGCCGCUGAUGAACAUGUUCCAGUGUGUCAGUUGACUGGCAGGGCUCAGACACCACACAGGAGAUGGCUCGUCCGGGAUCAGGGUUGCUGGUGCCCGUCAAUGGUCUGGGGUACCCCCCUCAGAACCUGGCCCGGGUGGUGGUCUGGGAGUGGCUGAACGAACACGGGCGCUGGAGGCCCUACUCGGCGGCGGUUUGUCAUCAUAUCGAGAAUGUACUGAAGGGGGACGCCCGGGGGAGUGUGGUCCUGGGACAGGUGGAUGGCCAGCUCUCUCCGUACAUCAUCGACCUGCAGUCCAUGCAGCAGUUUCGACAGGACACAGGCACCAUGAGACCAGUGCAGAGGAACUUCUACGAGCCGUCGUCUGCCCCGGGGAAAGGGGUGGUGUGGGAGUGGGAGAACGACAACGGCUCGUGGACGCCCUACGACAUGGAGAUCUGCGUGACCAUCCAGAACGCCUAUGAGAAGCAGCACCCCUGGCUUGACCUGACCUCUCUGGGAUUCUGCUACCUCAUCGACUUCAACAGCAUGGCUCAGACCAACAGGCAGAGCCAGCGCAAGCGACGCCUGCGGAGACGCAUGGACCUGGCCUACCCCCUCAUCAUGGGUUCCAUCCCCAAGUCGCAGUCCUGGCCGGUGGGAGCCAGCUCCGGCCAGCCCUGCUCCUGCCAGCAGUGCAUCCUGGUCAACAGCACGAGAGCCGCCUCUAACGCCAUUCUGGCCUCUCAGCGGCGUAAGCUCUACGGAGGCACAACGGGCAACCCGGGUGCUGCAGGAACUCUCACUGUGGUGCGGCAGAGCAACACCUUUGCUGGGACGUCCUUAUGGUCCCCGACAUCCGCCUCCUCCGGCACCAACAACAAUAACAUAAGUGUGGGAGGUGGGCAAGCCAAAGCUGAGCAGGUGCAGUUGCCGCUAUCCUCUGCCAACUUCCCUUGUUCCCCCGUGAUGGCAUCUCUUUCAUCCGCCCAUGGCCACCACGCUCUCACCAUCAACGGACAGAACAACCUGAACCGUCCGGGCACCCAGCGCAUGUCCAUGGGCACUGCCAGAGGAGCCAUCCCACCAGGGGUUCCUGCCCUCCCAGUAAAGAACCUGACUGGAUCUGGACCCGUGCACCCAGCGCUAGCAGGUAUGACAGGUAUCCUGAUGUGCGCUGCAGGUCUGCCGGUUUGCCUGACUCGGGCCCCCAAGCCCAUACUGCACCCUCCGCCGAUCAACAAGAGCGACAUGAAGCCUGUGCCUGGGAUCAACGGCAUGCGCCGCAAAACCAAGAAGAAGCACCUGAGGAAAGGAAAAAACCCGGAGGAUGUGGUGCGCCGAUACACAGAGAAGAUUAAAGUAUUGCCAGAUGAGGACUGUACCAUCUGCAUGGAAAGGCUGGUCAUGUCAUCAGGCUACGAAGGCAUCCUGCAGCACAAAGGCAUCAAGCCAGAGCUGGUGGGCAAACUUGGCAAGUGUGGCCACAUGUACCAUCUGCUGUGCCUGGUGGCCAUGUACAACAAUGGCAAUAAGGACGGAAGUCUUCAGUGUCCGACAUGCAAAACCAUCUACGGGGAGAAAACGGGCACGCAGCCUCCUGGGAAGAUGGAGUACCACGUCAUCCCCCACUGUCUGCCCGGCUACCCAGACUCCAAGACCAUCCGCAUCGUGUAUGACAUUCCUGCUGGGAUCCAGACCAAUGAGCACCCCAACCCCGGGAAGAAGUUCAGUGCAAGAGGGUUUCCUCGACACUGCUACCUCCCUGACAACGAGAAAGGCAGGAAGGUCCUAAAGCUGCUCAUCAUGGCCUGGGACCGACGCCUCAUCUUCACCAUCGGCACGUCGAGCACCACAGGCGAGUCCGACACAGUGGUAUGGAAUGAGAUUCACCACAAAACAGAAUUUGGCUCCAAUCUGACCGGCCAUGGCUACCCAGAUCCCAACUACUUGGACAAUGUCCUGACAGAGCUGUCGGCCCAGGGGGUCGGUGAGGACAACCUGAAGGACUGAUGUCCAGCUGAGCUGGUACACAGGAACACAACCCACCAUGCCUCGCCGUCUCCCAGAGUAUGGGGAUACUGCAUGACAGGCCAACAUGCAUCCAACUACUCCCACAAACAUAAGAACCCUGCAGAAAUGGUGGCACAAGAGCAAAGGGAGCUAAAUAAAUAACAUGGUUAUGAUCAAUAUGUUGAUUUGUGUAACCUAAGAUUCCCCUGUUGUCUUUUGAUUCAUGCCUUGAGCAUGUUGUGUUCAUGCCAAAUUUUAUCAGAGGGUUCAUGAAUUUUGUCUUGAUGUUGGUAGCUGCAGGUAGAUGGUAAUGAGCCCCUUUUAGAUUAAAACUGAAAGUGUUCCUCUGCACUUAAGAGUAAAACAAUGAGGGGCCAAAACUACACAAAGGCAUAUUUAUAAAUGCUGAACUGCAGAAUGCAUGGCCCAGAGUAACGCUGCAUAAUGAAUGUGGGGCCAAUAUCUGCAACAGGGUGAGGUGUCAAGAGAUCAGUUGUGGCUUGAUAUUGUGAAGAGAAAUUUAAGAGAAUUUCAGCAUUCUGAAUUAAUCCUCAAUUGUUUCCCCUUUUUUCUGAUCAUUAUAUUAAUUUAAGUAUUGUCCUGUAACAAGUGGUGAAACUUACUUAGAUUCGAAGGAGAGGAUCUUGGCUUAUUGGUGAUGUGACUGUAAAGUCGCACUGGGAUCUUUGACAUUUUCCACUUCUGAUAAUGAAAGUGUGCUCUGCUGUGCAUGAAGUAGAUUCCAGAGAGCUGAAAAGGCUAUGAAACGUUAGUGUUUGGUAAUAAACGUAUGUUGUGUGGUUAACCUUGCAGACUGUCUGCGAGAGGGGACAUGAAAUAGAUGAAACAAGUAUCUUACCGGUCAGUUUGAUGCUUGUUACGAGGUUGUGAAGCAGGGUUUGUCAAGCUCCAAGGUUACACUCAUUUGUUUUGUUGACACGCUGAUGACGCUUACCUCAGUGAAUAUAAAGUCUGCAUUGUUUUUCUCCCCGUUGGAGCAAACCCAGGCAUGAUCCAUCAUGCUGCCCAUACAUGACUGUGUGAUUGUGCGCUCUGAGACAUUAAUAUGCCGGCAUGUAGUCCUUGAGGAGAAAAGCCAAACACUCUCCUCACAAAUGGACGCCUUCUUUCGAACUCCCAGAAGUUUUCCAUUGGAGAUGCAUCUUGGGCAGCACUCCUGCUCACCUGCCAUCUACAAGUCUCUGGUGAGCUUGUUUGCUGCUAGGCAGUGCACUGGGCUCGACUGCUUUUAUAGCGAGCAGUGAAACACCUUGUUCCCAGUGUGAGCUCAGUCAAGAGUUGUUAAGGUCGAUCCUGAUGUUUGGCCUCCUCCUCGUCCUCAGCAGCAGAGCACUUAAAUCGAGGAACCAUGCAAAUGUUGGUCUAGUAUGUGAUUGGCUGGGAACUAAAUCUUCCUGCGCUCUCUUCUUUCCCUAUUCACAUUUUAUGCCCAUCAGCUAAAGAGUAUUUGAAGGACCUUGGUGGAGAUCUUGUGAUGUUUCUUUACUCUGAGAUAAAAGAUAACCCAGUGCUGUAUAAUUCUCUAUAAAUAUAUCUGAUCAAUUUUAAUGAGCAGGGGCUUUGAUGUAAGGUUUAUCGUGUGGGCACCCAGCUGUGAGCUUAAUUUUGAAGUGAAUCAUAGUCUUCCAUAGCACUUUGAGGCAACAGUUUUGUUUAAUCGAUUGUUUAAUUUUUCGAAAAAAUGUCUUAAAUUGCAACUAAAUCUGUCUUUUUUUAAGUUGUUUAUAAACAGGCUUGCAAUGCUUUGAACAAUAUAUAUAAUAUACAUUUGCAGAUGUGAUAUACCUUUAAAUUCAAGCUCAAUUUGAGUCAAUGUUGUAAGUUUAAUUUAUUUUUAUACUCUUCUAUAUAGAAAAUAUAAAUCGACUGGCCCACAUAUCUAUACACAGGCACAUGUUAACAUAAAUACAUGAAAACUGGCAAAGAUGAAUUUGUCAGUAUGUCAGGGACUGUUGAAAUAUGUACGACAUGUUAUGGGCGUCUUAUAUUACAAGUAGUCUUAGCGUAUGCUGCAGUUGUUACCUUGAUGUAGAAUCUGUGUAGUUGAUCCCCUCUGGGGCACCCAAUAAAUACAAUAAAUGUGUUUUUAUUAUUGGUGGGGAGGCUUUAGCAGCAUGAAGGUGACCAUUUCCACCCCCAAAUGGGUCAUUUCUCUUUCUAGGCUUGUCCAGAACAUGGAAAUGGACACCGUCAGCAAGUUCAUAGAUUAGAACAGAGCACCUGGGUUAAAAUAAAAGCUCCAAAUAAUUAUUAAGGUUUGUUUUAGCUACUGGGAGCAGAUUGGUGGGAGCUCAGUUAGUUGUCUAAGUACGCUGAAUAUCAAAUUUAUUUUCUCAGUCAUUGUCUAACUCUAAAAUCCUGACUAGCUUACUAGGCCUUAUAAAUGCAUUUCAGUUUUCUUCCAAAAUUAAACCAUUUUUGGUUAUUUCACAUUGAAAGUGAAUUUUUGCCUCACAUUACUCGUAAAAGUUUGACCGCUGUAUGGUUUGUUGAUUGGUCUCAGACACAGCCAAUAUGAAAUGGCCUACUCAGAAGCUAGCUAGCAAUGUACCUUGUUAGCUAGUGGGGUUGAGCGAGUACUUGGCUGGAACAAGUAUCUGUAAAUAGUUUUCUGUAAAUAGUUCUCUUGUACUUGUGAUGAGAAACAUGGAUGGGAAGUUCAUUUCUAACAAAGACAGCAACUUCUGAUCUACCCACAUCGAUUUCAGGUCUAAAUUAAUAACUUCUGGUCAGCCGGUCACUUAAGAUUUAAGUACCACCUAUUUUCAAUUUAAAUCACACCCUAACACUAACAUACAAAUAGUUUAGUUGGUUUAACAUACAGAUACAGAUAAAGGUGUACUUGCUCAUUCCAACUAGCUAGCUAGUUUAUAUGUAAGCUAGCUCUUUAAGAGUUAAAUACAAACCUUCGCAAAGGAUGAUGUCUAAAACAUUAGCUGUGAUUGCUGCUUUUUAUUUUUAUUUUUAUUUUUUUAGAGAGAGAGAUUUCAAAUCCAUAUCUUCAGGGGCUUUGAACAACUUUUCCAUGUAUUUUGUUUUAAAACUACAACUUUCUGGCACCUACAAGCUAAAACAAACCACUAAAAGUAUUUGAAAGUGUGAUUUUGACCCAAGUCUUUAAAAAAUUGUUUGGCCUGUUCCAUUUCUCAAGAUUUCUUCGUCACAACCUUUUUGACUUCUUUUAUAAAAUGGGACAGCUUCCAAUCUAUCAGGGAUUUUUUUCCAUGUUGAGUGAAGUUUCAUUAACCAGAGAAAUCCAAAUGUUUGCUUCUUCGACUUUUCCGUUCAAUGUGUCCUUGAAGUGAGAACAUAUGCAGGCCCUUUAGACUUUUCAGGUGUGUACAGACUUAUGAUGAAUAAAACAUGGUUUGGUAUCUGAUUAAGAAAGAGAGAGAGAGAGAGAGAUGGCGUUUAUGCAAUUUACUAUUUUUAAAUCUAAUACAUGAUUUAUGUGUAGCAAGAAUAAGGCAGAUUUCUUGGUUUAAAUUACAGUGGAUGUUUUCUUCAUGGGGUGCCUGCCUCCAGGUUUUUAAACAAAGGGGGUCGUGACCUGAGGAUGUUCACAUUCUGUGUAUUACAAAACAUAUAUUUUUGAUGUCUUUUUUUGAAUGAUUGUCUCUAAAAGAACUAUUACAUAACAUCGCUAUAUUACUCUUAUUAAGUUUCAUUCCAUACUAUUUUCCAUUUGAGUAUUAGUGGAAUGAGGGAUGAAAUCGCUUUGUUCGAACAUAUGAAGUAUUUACAGUUGUACUAUCUUCGAGUGUCAACUGGGAAAUGUACUUCUUUGAUACCUUAACAUUUUGUGUGGCUAUACCAUAUAUUUGUAUCUGUUUGUCUGUCCGAGUGUGUGUGAAUGUGUGCUGAGUGUGCAUCUAGUAAACAAGUCUUAGGUUCAUGUCCUUUAAAGAAUACAGUAAUGUUCUCCUAGAGGUGCAUGUUAACCAAACUGUGAGCAAGUUUAUUGACAGCGCAUAGCUUUUUUGCAUCUGAAAACGUCAUGGCUUCUUUAGAGAUAUCGCCCAGGUCUUCUGGUGAUUUAGCACUGUGGUUUUGCAUCUUAAUCCAGUUAGUUAGAAAGCUUUUUGUUGAUUUACUCAGAUGGGGACGAGACAGCGUUUGGCUGCUCUCCUCACUCUUUUGACAACAUGUAAAACAUCUGAUCUGAAUGUUUUGCAUUUUAAGUGCCCAUUUUAAUUGACACCUUCAAAUCAUGAUUUCUGUGGUUUGAUUUCUCUUAAGCAGUGUCUACAUAUUGCUAUUUAAUGGUUCACAAAGAUAAACUAAAAGCAAGAUAUUGAGAGACAACGACUAAACUAUAAAGGGCUUCUUAAUAUAUCGGUCUUUAUUGAAUUGUGAUGAUCUUGUUGCAUGUUUGUGUGUUUCUUGUGGAAAAAUAAAUGUGCCCUCCACAGGGGUAGUUUGUUUGCCCUUUUGUCA